AUGUGGAAAUACGGGUGUCUGGUGAUCUUCAGCGCCGUGCUGGUGCAUGCCCAGUUUCCAAGGGAAUGUGUAACUCCGGAAGGCCUUCGGAGCGGGGCGUGCUGUCCCUCUCCACUCGGUCUGACCGGUGACCCGUGCGGAGCUAGUACUGGACGCGGUCAGUGCGUGGCCAUAACUGCGGACACGAACCCUCACGGGCCGCAGUAUCCUCACGACGGUCGAGAUGACCGCGAACGUUGGCCACUCAGAUUCUUCAACCGAACAUGCCAAUGUAACGGAAAUUUCUCGGGUUAUAACUGCGGGCGCUGUAAACACGGGCUUACUGGAGCAAACUGCGACCAACCGGUCCCAGUCGUUCGGAGAAAUGUAAUGUCGCUGAGCCCGGAGGAGAGGCGCGCUUUCGUUAACGCACUUGACCAGGCCAAACGCACCGUGCACCCCGACCUGGUCAUCGCCACCCGCCGUUAUCCGGAGAUUUUUGGCCCGGACGGGAACACCGUGCAGUUCGAAAAUGUCACCAUCUACAACUAUUUCGUGUGGUCGCACUACUACUCCGUCAGCAAAACCUUUCUCGGGCCGGGACAACAGAGCUUUGGAGGGGUCGACUUCUCUCACGAGGGCCCAGGUUUCGUGACAUGGCACAGGCUUCACCUGCUGCAGUUGGAGCGAGACAUGCAGGACAUGUUGCAGGACCCAAGCUUCGCACUGCCGUACUGGAACUUUGCCAUCGGUGGGAAUACAUGUGACAUUUGCACAGACGACCUGAUGGGAGCACGGAGCAGUUUCGACAUGAAUGGCAUCAGCUCUAAUUCUGUGUUCUCCCAGUGGAGAGUCAUCUGUGAGAGCGUUGAUGACUACGACACACUGGGCACCAUCUGCAACAGUUCAGAGAGCAGUCCUAUCCGCAGGAAUCCGGCGGGGAACGCAGCGAGGCCCAUGGUGCAGCGUCUGCCUGAGCCUGAGGAUGUGGCUGCCUGUCUGGAGCUCAACGUGUUUGACACGCCUCCCUUCUACUCCACCUCCUCCGAGAGCUUUCGCAACACCAUCGAGGGUUACAGCACCCCCCAGGGGAGCUACGACCCUGUUGUGAGGAGCUUGCAUAACCUCGCUCACCUGUUUCUGAAUGGGACAGGGGGACAGACCCACCUCUCCCCAAAUGACCCCAUAUUUGUCCUGCUACACACCUUCACUGACGCCAUCUUUGAUGAGUGGCUUAGACGCCACAGCCCAGAUUCGGCGGUUUACCCUCUGGAGAAUGCUCCCAUUGGCCACAACAGGCAGUUUAACAUGGUUCCCUUCUGGCCUCCUGUGACCAAUGCCCAGAUGUUUGUGACUGCGCCAGAAAACCUGGGGUACACGUACGAGGUGGAGUGGCCAGCUCGUUCGUUCACUCUGACGGAGAUUAUCACCAUGGCGGUCGUGGCAGGACUCAUCGUUGUGGCUGUGCUGUUCGCUGCCACCACAUGUGCGGUUCGCUCGCGCUCUAACAGACUGGAGGCCAGGCAGCCGUUGCUGGGCGACCAGUAUCAGCGCUAUGACGACCAUGACAAGCACUCUGACAAGACUCAGUCUGUUGUUUAA